AUGGCCCCCCCGCACGAGCCGACCAUGAUAGUGUCCGAGAGCCUGGAGUCCAUCCACGAAAAUAUGGAGACCGCCAUUUCGGGCUCCACCAUGCCCGAGGGCGAGGGAUCCUGGCUGGCCGGAGGCCCCGGCGCCGGGAUCGGGUCCUUUCCCCACGAUGCCGACCGUCUGGGCCAGCUGCUCACCGACCCGGAGGCCGGGGCCCCGGCGCGUGAGCCCGGCGGCCCGGAGGCCGGGCACUCCCCCCCGGCAUACAGCGACGAGGCCGGCCCCCAACCGGGCCUCAUCCCGGAGGGUGAACGAACAGCCGGCGCCACCGCCUCCACGCGCAGCAAUUCAAGCAUGGACAUGAGCGACGCGGCCGAGAUGCAGACGACGCCGGCGUCGGCGACCGCACCGCCGGCCGGCUCCUCCGCCGGCGCACCGUGCGACACGGUCCCCGAGCUGAUGGCCUUCGAGUAUGUGGCCUCGCGGCGCCUCGGAGGUCGGCUCAGUGACUCGGCCCUCGGCGACCGUGGCGGCAUGAUGCUCCCGAAUGGCAGCGGCGGCUAUGUGGCCCCGGUUCCGACGCACCCCACCGUGUCGGUGACACCGGCCGGGGGGUCGGGCCCGGGUGCAGGCCGCCCGACGGCGCUCAACUCGGCGCCGAAUACCCCGUCGGUGGGCCACCUUCAGAGCGGGCCGGGCCACGGAUCGCAUCUCUUCCUCCAGCCGCCGGGACUGCCGGGCACCGGGGGCUACCACCACCCGCUUCAGCAGCCGGCCUUCGGCCACGCGGCCCCCGGCGGUGGCGGCGGCAGCGGCCUCUACCAGCCGCGAAACAUCACCCGGCGCCAUUCGGCCACCUCGGCCGGGACUUACCAUGCGGCCGGGCCGGGUCUGGGCGGCGCGGCGGCCGGCGGCGGCCCCGGCGUGCAGCUCCCCCCGCCGCUGGUGUUCGGCGGGGAAGCCCCGGGCUUUGGCUUCCUGGGAUCCGCAUCGUCCGCUGGCCAUGGGGUGGGCCCGGCGCAUCCGCUGUCGCCAGUGUAUGGUGGUGGAAGUGGGAGGCCCACCUCGCCGGUCAUCCUGCCGGCCGGCAGUCAACAGCAGCAGCAGCAGCAGCACCAAAUGACCUUCGAACGCCGGCGAUCCCAUGGCCAGGUGGAAACUCGGUCCUCGAGUACCUCCUUCGUGGACCCUUCGCUGUUGCACAGUGGCGGGGGAUGUGCCUCGGCGGCCUGUGCAUUCGGCGGCAUCGCAGAUGUCCCCGCACAGGGCCAUCCGUGCCAGUGCCUGCCAGCACUGCUGCUCCAGGCGCAGCAACAGGCACAGCUCCGUUCCGGAACCGGCCCAGCAGGAGGCGGCGCCGGGCACUACAGUGCGCCGACUUCCCCUGGGCCCGGACAGGCGGGCGCGUCCUUCCCCUUCCCGGUCCCGGCCGCCGCCGCCGCCGCCGCCGCCGCCGGGGCGGGAGCCAGCACGGGAGGAGCCCCCCAGCAACAGCCCGCCAUUCUGCCCUUCCAGCAGAUGCACCACCAGCUUCUCCAACAGCAGCAGCAGCAGCAGCAGGUGCCAACUCCGUCGAGUCAACGCGACGCGCCGCCGUCAGGUGGCAUCUGGACGCCCCUCCAGCAGUCCCACCAGAACGCCGCCAGUCAGGCGUCCUUCAACGGGAGCUUCGGCAUGUCCGGUCACGUGCAAGAAGCGACCAACGACACGGCCCCGCUGGCCGAUGCCACGGGGCCGCGGUAUGGGGCGCGCCGCCAGCCGGUCUUGGACGGCUUCCCGGAAACCCGCACCAGGCCAUGCGCGCCUGGAGGUGGGGAUCCGGCGCCGGCCCUGCACACGCCGAUGACCAGCGCAUUUGGGUGCUGGGAAAAUCCGGCGCCGCGCCAGCUUCCGGCUCUCGGCAUCCGCGGCCACAACCGCGCCCUUGUCCGGCCGUAG